AUGGCGAUCAUUCGGACAGCAGCGAGGUUGGGAGCAGAGCUCUUUGACACAGCAGACAGCUACGGAGCAGAUGACAAGGACUUCGGGUAUGUGGAGAAGCUCCUGCACGAGGCGCUGAGAGGAGGAGCGGAGGGAAGGGGAGGAGAGGAGGAGCAGAGAGGAGGAAGGCAGGAGAGGGGAGGAGAGCGGAGGGAGGCUUGUGUGGCAACCAAAGGAGGGAUGCUGAGGGUGAGCAGGGAGGCGAAUGGCUGGAGGCCCUCGAGGUGCGACAGGGAGUACCUGCUGACUCGGAUGAGAAGUAGCUGGGAGAACUUGGGAGGAAGAGAUCCUGUGUUCCUGUGGCAGCUCCACCACCCCAACGAGAAAGAGUCGCCAAUAGAGGAGGCAAUGCAGGCAGCCAAGACGGCGCAGGAGCGGGGAUGGGUCCGGCAUGUCGGCCUGUGCAACGUGACGCUGGAUCAGUUGAAGAGAGCGAGGAGGGUGGUGGAGGUGGCAGCCGUGCAGUGUGAGCUCAACUACUGGACGAGGAAGGCGGAGAAGCAGGGGAUCCUGGACUACUGCAGGGACAACGGGAUAGCCUUCAUCGCCUUCGGAGCUCUAGGAGGAUUGAAGCACCUCGCAAGCUCCUUCCCCGCCCUCAAGUACAUGGCGGACCGCAAAGGCUUCUCCUGCGAGGCAACGGCGCUCGCGAGCAUGCGGCACCUGUGGCCGCACCUCAUCCACAUCCCAGGCGCGAGGACUGAGGAGCACGUGCAAGACAUAGCGAGAGGAAGGGAGGUGCGAUUCACAGCUGCCGAGCUUGACGAGCUGCGACGCAUGAAGCCGAGCAGAUGA